AUGAGGAAGAAACGAGAGGCUAAAGAUGAAAACGAAGAAGAAGCGAAAAAGAAGAGAGUGGAGCUGAUGAAAGCAGCAGCACAGGCUUGGCUCAGCCACUCCCUAACCUCUAAAAGCACCGUUUUGGAGUUCGAGGCGCGAAGAAAGCAUGCUUUUGUCAAAGUGGAGGCCUUGUCCAGUACAAAGAAGCAUCAUCAUCAUCAUCCUUCGUUUUUGGAUUGGGAGUAUGGACAGUCUUUGUGGGAUCCGUACGAGAUUCUUUCCGUUUCUAAGAAGUUGGAACGAGCACUCACGUUAGAAGAGCAUACUUUCUCUGCGGAUAAGGCCACCAAGAAGAAGAAUAGGGACAGUAGAAAUAGCCUUAGGAGUUUGUUUAAUCGUUCUUCGAGGAGAUUUUAA